AUGGCGAUGGCUGGCGGCGGCUCGGCGGCCAAGGGAGCGCCGGAGCGGGCGAGCGGCUCGCCGCUCCUGCCGGAUGAAGACAAAAUUAAUAAAGACGACGAAGCAACGGCUUGGAAAUUUCUUUCUCUUGCUGAGGUUAGCGUUAUGAUGGAACAAGACGUAGCAGGAGCUGAGAAAAGUUUGGAAGAGUUCCUGAAUCUAACACACCGGCUGACCUCUUUGAAAGAAGGCGUCUUGCUGGAUUAUUAUGUCUCUGGAUUUUGGUGGGCCAGAGGAUUAGAGUUCUCAUCUGUGCAGCUUGGAGGGUUCCUGACUCUCUUAAAUUUGCUGCUGGAUAAUCUGGAGACCCAGCAUAUGACCCUGGAAGAAAACAUCCAUGAACUCGCAAGUGCGAUGGUCGGCAUCGGGCAGGGUCCUUCGGAGAUGAGCGGUGGGUUUGAGUUCUUCACCGUGGAUCAAGCCAAGGCCAUCAUCAGUUACCUGAAGAGCAGUUUAUUCCAACAUUAUACGCUCUACGAAUAUCUUUUCCACAGUCCCAGGGAAGAACUUGUGAUUGGAGAUGAGAAUGUCAUAGAGCUAGUCAAGCCCCCCAACACCCCUUUUCCUGUCCCCCUGGAAGAAGGGUUACCGUGCGAUGUCUUUUCCACGUUCGUAGCACUGACUCGGGGGGAAGAGGAUUUGGCCAAGGAACAGGAAGGUGCCGUCCUUCCAGAAGAGCCAACAGAAGACCACGUCACUGUUGACCCCUUGGCAGGCUACACAGUUGAGGAUGUUCGCUCAGUUCUGGGCCAAAUCACUACUGAAAUGAUCAACAGUAUCCAGUCUGAGAUCUAUGAGAAGCUGCAAAUGCAAGAAGACAUCUAUUCAGUGAAAAUAGAGAAGUUGAAGAAGGCCUGAAGCCAUCAGAGCAGCAGAGCAAAGGAAAAGCAUCUAUAAUGAAUAAAGGAAAGAUGGAAUAAUUUCACAAUGCCUUUUGAAGGCCAUCUGGUAAUAUCCCUGCAAGUAUAUAGAAGACAGGAGAUCUUCAUAGCAAGCAGCCCUGCCUUUUUUUUUCCCUGCUCCAGUUUUGUCUUUUGACAAAGUACAAUA